GAGCUUUGUGGAGAGGACAGUCCAGAGAGAGGCGGAAAAUGCCUUUCAAGAUGAACGUAGAGAAGGAAAAGCCAUGUUUUCAGGAGCUGCAGUUCAGGCUCCUACACAACAACACAGAUCAGCAGGUCUCAGGUCGCAUCAUGACCGUGUUUCAUGUCUGGACCUGCAUUUUCAGGAUUCAGUGAUGGGGGGAUCCAAGAGUAAACCCAAGGAGUCUGGCCUGCGCGCCCGCAGCGUGGACAGUAACCUGGGCUCUGGUGGAGGGACGGGAGCCCACUACCCAAAUUCUAACAAACAGUCUACGACCCCAAACCGGAGCAGCACGAUGGAGGGGGGCCUGGGUGCUCCCACCAUGAGUCACACGCCGGAGCUGGCCCUGUUUGGAGGCGUGGACAACAACAGCCUGGCCUCCCCAAAUAGGAUGACACUGUCAGGAGGUGUCACGACUUUUGUUGCACUGUAUGACUACGAGUCUCGAACCGCUUCUGAUCUGUCAUUCCGGAAAGGAGAACGGCUUCAAAUCGUCAACAACACGAGGAAGAUGAACUGCAGGGAGGGCGACUGGUGGCUGGCCCGCUCGCUCACCACAGGAGAGAGCGGCUACAUCCCCAGCAACUACGUGGCUCCGUCAGACUCCAUUCAGGCUGAAGAUCAACUCAGACUGACUUUAGAGUCCAGGUGGUACUUUGGGAAAAUCACACGUCGUGAAUCAGAAAGACUUCUGCUGAAUCUGGAGAACAGAAGAGGGACGUUCCUGGUGAGGGAGAGUGAGACCACCAAAGGUGCCUAUUGUCUGUCUGUGCUGGACUACGACAACACCAAAGGGCUGAAUGUGAAGCACUACAAGAUCAGGAAGCUGGACAGCGGAGGGUUCUACAUCACAUCUCGCACACAGUUCAGCACCCUGCAGCAGCUGGUCAACCACUACCGCAAACACGCAGACGGACUCUGUCACUGUCUGACAGACAUCUGUCCGGUGUUGAAGCCUCAGACUCAGGGUUUGUCCAAAGAUGCCUGGGAGAUUCCCAGAGAGUCCCUGCGACUGGAUGUGAAGCUCGGACACGGCUGCUUCGGAGAAGUCUGGAUGGGAACGUGGAACGGCACCACACGCGUGGCCAUCAAGACGCUGAAGCCGGGCACCAUGUCCCCCGAGGCGUUCCUCGAGGAGGCCCAGGUCAUGAAGAAGCUGCGGCACGAGAAGCUGGUGCAGCUGUACGCUGUUGUGUCCGAGGAGCCCAUCUACAUCGUCACAGAGUACAUGGCUAAGGGAAGUUUACUGGACUUCCUUAAAGGGGACAUGGGGAAGUUGCUGCGACUCCCUCAGCUGGUGGACAUGGCCUCACAGAUCGCCUCUGGGAUGGCCUACGUGGAGCGCAUGAACUAUGUGCACAGAGACCUGCGAGCUGCCAACAUCCUGGUGGGAGAAAACAUGGUCUGCAAGGUGGCUGAUUUUGGGCUGGCCCGACUCAUCGAGGACAAUGAAUACACAGCGAGGCAAGGAGCCAAGUUUCCCAUCAAGUGGACGGCUCCUGAAGCGGCGCUGUACGGACGCUUCACCAUCAAAUCUGACGUCUGGUCGUUUGGGAUCCUGCUGACAGAGCUCGCCACUAAGGGCCGCGUCCCAUAUCCAGGAAUGGUGAACCGGGAGGUGCUGGAUCAGGUGGAGCGUGGCUACAGGAUGCCGUGCCCGGCAGACUGCCCGGACUCCAUGCACGAGAUGAUGCUGAACUGCUGGAGGAAGGAGCCAGAGGAGCGACCCACUUUUGAAUACCUGCAGGCUUUCCUGGAGGACUACUUCACCUCCACAGAGCCACAGUACCAGCCAGGGGAGAAUCUGUGACCUGUGUCCAGACUGCAGUCUGUGUGUGUGGGAGAGAGGUGUGUGACCUCACCGCGGCCCAGUGCAACCUCCAGAACAUGUUUUAGUUAAGGGAGACUUCACCCUCCCUUUGUUCAUCAUCACUUGCUCCUCUUUUUCUCUGUCAACCACUGAAGUGCCACCGCAGUGACGGACAACAACAUUGCGGAUGAGACCAGGUUAAAAAAAUAUAAAUCAUGAUCAGGACAGAUCAACCGAAAUUGAAAAUCAAAUCUAAAAUUUAGUUUGUUUUAAUGUUCAUUUAAAAUAAGUUAUUGCUGUUUCAUGAUGGUACUUUACAUUUCUUUCUGAUUUUCUUAAAUCAAAAAUCAAUUUGAGUCUUCAUGGCACUUCUGUGUUUCAUUCCUACUUUUGUUAGACCUGGUAUUUAUAGUGGAACACCAUCCUGACCAUCGAGAAGCAGCUCUUCUUCUUCCAAGCUUGUGCAGACAAGCUCCCGCUGAAGUCUUCAGAGUCACGGAUCCUGGACACAAAUCUGGGUGAACUGCAGUCCUAUCUUCUCUGGCCGUAGACAUUGUCCAUUGAAUAAUGGAGCUGAUUUUUGAAACUACUGACUGUCUCAUCGUGGAGACCAUCCUGCUGACUGCUGUGAGGAAUCUUUUCUAAUGACUCUAACGAUGAAGUUUGACUUCUGAAGACUGAGAUCUGUCGUAUUUAUCAAGCACCGAGUCACAGCAGGGGUCGCCUCAGGUGCUUUUCAAACUCAAUGAUCGACUCCUGUGUGGAGACGAUUGCGUGUCUUGUCUUUUGUCCAAUGAUGCAGCAGCUCUCGAAGGUUCUGGUUGGAGAUUUGGGGGAUAUGCAUGAAAAAGAAUGAGAUGUGUGUUGAGGAUAUUUUCACUUCCAUUGAGGGUUUUUGUCCAACACUACAGAUAAAAGGAUGUGUUUCAUCAAACCUGAGAAUCAACCCUCUGAAGCUAACCUUCAAGAUCUGCCAUAAGAUUAUGACCACCUACUCCCACUGUGCAUCAGCUACUACAUGUGCAGUUCAACUGUUGCUGUACAUUAUGGUCAUUGUAGUGUGCCUGGUGAUGUGUUUUCCACCAAGACAUCAAGGUUUAGUUUUAGCUUCAGACGCCGUCGCCACAUAAGAUGUUGCAGAGCUCAUCUGAGGAGCGAGGUUUAAAGCAAAAACUGUGGUUGUGACCUUUGAUGGCAUGUGUCUAAACUGAUCUGGCAGGUGGUCAUAAUCUAGUGGCUGAAAUUCUUACAAAUAUAAUAAUAAUAUUUGCUUUUAAAACAUUCAUAGAAAGAAAAACCCUGCUAUUUUGUGGUUACAGUCUGACCCGGGGUCAGAUAUUUAGCAUUUACUAAAUGGUACUUUUUCACCAACAAAACUGUAAAUAAUCAAAAAAAAAAACCCUUCAUACUUUUAUUUUGUGGAUAUCAUCUGUGUAAUUUAUUCCAGGACUAUAAAAGCUUUUUGGGUUCAGUUUUGUUGACAUGUGCACAUAUUCAUGUUCAAGAUUCCACAGCUCCAUCUGCUGCUCUGAACCCUUGUUGCAAUCAUUUUACAUUCAAAUGUAUUUGUCCUUCAGACAUUCAAGUGGAAUCACUUGUGUGCCAGCACGUGGAAUCGACAAGCGCAUCAGUGUGAAAAAUGGGGACUAUCACGAUGGGAGAAAGGAAACAAAUACUUUAAAGUGAUUUGAAAUUUCAUUACAGUUUCCUUUGUAAUUAUGUUUGUUUUAUUUAAAUGUCACUUAAACAUCCUGUUUUACUUUCAUAUUCAGUGGCCUCCAGUCUCAAUCUCAGUGAUUCCCAAUGUCAGAUUAUCUUUGUACAAAAUCACAAAGUUUUUUUUCUUUUUUUUAUAUAUCAGCCCUGUUAACAGAGAAAAAAAACAUGGCAGUGAUGGCGCUGAGAUCGUGUUCCUCUGCAAGUGUUGUCCAGGCUAUGCAGAUAUUUUUCAACUUUCUCUGUACUGCGCUCUUUUCUACUGUAUUUAGUCAGACAAAUCACUGUUUUGGUAAAUCCUGCUGAAUUUUAUUGAGAUUUUAAUAAAAAGCGUGAACAUUGACUGCUGGAGUGUGGCCUUGUUGGUGCUGGUGUGUCAUGUGACUGCAAUAAAGGAACAUGUGAUGCAGUCA